GCCAUUUUACUUCCUGCUAAACGAGCUCUGCUCACAAAACUACUUUCAAAACCAUAAAAACAGGGAUUUUUUUCCCUAAAAUGUCAUCCCGAAGAUGGUUCCAUUCGAAUGUGAGCGGUUUGGAAGCAGAAAGACUUCUGACAGAGCGGGGACAUGAUGGAAGCUAUCUUGUUCGACCAAGUAAAAGCAACCCAUUGGACUUCACAUUAUCAGUYAGGAGAAAUGGUGAGGUGACACACAUUAAAAUACAGAACAGUGGAGACUACUAUGACUUGUAUGGUGGAGAGAAGUUUGCUACUCUAUCAGAGCUGGUCCAAUAUUACACGGAAAACCCAGGUCAACUAAGAGAAAAGAAUGGACAGCUGAUAGAAAUGAAAUUCCCUCUGAACUCUGCUGAUCCUACCACUGAAAGAUGGUUUCAUGGUCACAUGUCCAGCCGAGAAGCAGAAACUGUUUUGCUUGACAAGGGUAAAAAUGGCAGYUUUCUUGUCAGAGAAAGUCAAGGCAAGCCUGGAAAYUAUGUUYURACUGUAAGAUGUGAUGACAAAGUGACACAUGUCAUGAUUAGAAACCAGGGSGGKCGCUAUGACGUUGGUGGUGGUGAACAGUUUGCAGAUCUUACAGAACUUGUUGAACAUUACAAGAAGAAUCCAAUGGUUGAGAAAUCAGGCACAGUGGUGCAUCUAAGAAAUCCAUUCAAUGCUACAAGAAUCAAUGCAGCAUGCAUUGAGGACAGAGUCAAAGAACUACAGAAAGAAAACAAGAAUGUCACUGGAAAAGCAGGCUUUUAUGAAGAAUUUGAGGUCCUUCAAAAACAAGAAUGCAAACACUUAUACAGCAGAAAGGAAGGAGAAAGACCUGAAAACAAAUCCAAAAAUAGAUAUAAAAACAUUCUGCCAUUUGAUCACAGCAGAGUGAUCCUGAAAGGCCGUGAUCCCAAUAUUGUUGGAUCAGACUACAUUAAUGCAAACUACCUUGAUGGAGAAGCCAAAGGCACAAAGAAGCAAUACAUCGCUGCACAAGGAUGCCUUCCAGCAACAGUGGAGGAUUUCUGGGCAGCCAUUUACCAAGAAAACUCUCGAAUUAUUGUCAUGACAACCAAAGAAGUUGAAAAAGGAAGGAAUAAAUGUACAAGGUAUUGGCCUGAUCCUGAGACCGUGAAAGAUGUUGGUAAUUAUCACGUCAAACAUAUCAAAGAAACUGAACUUCCUGAUUACAUCCUGAGAGAAUUUGAACUCACGACAGACAACGAUUUUAUUCCAAGAACUAUCUACCAUUUCCACUACACUGGCUGGCCAGACCACGGCGUCCCUAAAGACCCCAGUCCAGUGUUAAGUAUUUUACAAGAAGUAGAUCUAAAGCAGAAGGCAGUAUUAUCUGCAGGACCUAUCAUCGUUCAUUGCAGUGCUGGCAUUGGAAGAACAGGUACUUUCAUCGUUAUUGACAGUCUGAUACAUCUUAUCAAAGAACAAGGUCUUGACACAGAAAUUGAUAUUUCAAAAGCCAUUCAAAAUGUUAGAGCUCUGAGAUCUGGCAUGGUUCAGACAGAGGCACAGUAUGAGUUUAUUUACAAAGCCAUUCAUCAUUACAUUAGCACAGAGAUGGCCAGACUAAAGUCAUCAGACGCGCCCUCUGCAGUAUAUGGCAAUUUGUCUAAUCUACGCGUCAAUCCUGAUGCACCUCCAGCAUUGCCUUCACACUUUCCUGGUAGACAUGAGGACGUUAAGCCGGCACCUCCACCGCCGCCUCAUUAAAGUGGCUCACGUCAGCAUUCAGGGUUUCAAGUAAAGAAAGCACAGACGUACAGAAGAGUAAUAUACACUAUAGCUAUUUGAAUAAGUGUAUAUUUUAAUAGUAUUGAGAUUCAUUUAAUAGUUUCCUAUCAAUUUGAGACACCAAUAUUGUAUGGUAUUGACGUCUCAAAUCUUAUUCCCGAAAAUUAACAACGCAGACGACACGCCAGGCCAUUUUGAACGCUCGUAAAACGCAUUUCAGUCGCCACCUUAAAAUCACUAGGUCUGUCUUCUGCCAUGGCGGUGAACUUUACUAGCUAUUUUGAUCGGCAGGAAUAGCGGUCAAGAUCACUGAUAUCAAACAAGUCAAAUACUGGCGAUCCAAUACGCACACAAUCAUCGAUUGAAAUUCGCUUUUUCUGUAUCUAGCUGACAAAAUAUCCUAUCGUGUCUGUCGUCGACUUUAAAGUAUAUUUUCUCUUAGUGUUUAGUUAAUAGGUAGGAAAUGAAGCGUUUUGCUAAUAUUUAAUGACAAAUUUAUUAAAAUAAGAGGAAAUUAGGUGUCUCUUACGACAUGCGAAGUAUCUUUUGAGUGCACGCUCCACUACUCCUCGACCUUAYGGUACAUCGUAUCGGUGUACAAGCAACUGUACCCGUAUAUAMGGUUAACUGCAUUUAACACGGGGGAAAUGGGUAAAUUACCUGGUAGGUACUGGUAGACAAUAAAAGUGUUACAUUUGAGUAGCCAUAGACGUAUUUUGUAAAAUGAUAUCACCCACCCGUAACAGUGCACCAAAACGGUGUACCUGAAGGUCUCUUCUGAUUACGCUAAAUAGCAGCGCUUGACGUUAGAACGUCGAUGUUGAGCAACUCGCACUUUGUCCGUAAUUUGUUAAAAGCGGUAUACGUCUAUUUCAAAUAACGUUGUCAAGGAGAACGGCGAUGUCGAACGGAGAUUGUGCGACCGAAAGGGACUAUGGUUACGUUGUUUGACAUACAAAGUUCUCCUUAUUGGGUCCGCCUUAUGUGAAAAUAAGCCACUAAUAUGGAGUCAGUGUUUAUCAAAGACUAUYUUACAAUAUGAAACAGUUAUUAUUUCAUUAUUUCGCAUCAUUUAGCAAAUCCCAUGACUUCCUUCGGCCAUGCAAUCUCCAAAAAUYGUCAUUCGCCAUUUUAUCGAUAACCCCUUUUUUGAAAUAGUUAUAUCAAGAAUCAUAGCAGAUAACUAAUUAUAAUCUGAGUAUCGGGGUUCUCUGGUURGGAGAGUGGAGAGAAAAAGCAUUUUGAAUGGACUUGUAUUCRAUCAAGUCAAAGUAAUUACCAUUGUGAGCUUAGAAAACAAAAUGUUUCUUCURAGUUUGGUGAGAGGAUUUCAAGGCAUUKCCUAUGUCGCUGUGCGACUGCUUUAAUCGAAUAUUCUCGCUCUUACAGCUCACGUCUUAUUAUUUUGUCGUGUCGAAAUGGUAAUUACUUUAAAGGCUGAUUUACACGGCAUGAUUGUCUCGUGCGAUUUGUAGUAUACAACUUGAAUCGCGCCGUGUAAAUGCCCCUACGACUUGUCUACAACAGUCGUACGCAACCUACGACUUGUAGUAGGGUUUUGAACCACUGCUUAAAAUCCUACGACUUGUCGUAGGAAAAUCGUAUACUACAAGUCGCGCGCGACAAAUCGUACCGUGUACAUCAGCCUUAAGGCCCAGGCUCAGCCGAGAACCUCUGCGGUAGCUGUUUUGUUUUGAUCUCUUGUUGAAAGUUGCUCUCUGAUUGGUUCAAAACAAAUAUGACKUAUUAAGAGCGCGAGUCACGCAAAGGUUGAUGGAUGAAUAUGGGCUCUUGAUUUAAUUAUCUAUAGCCUGCGUAGCGGCCCACUGUGGACACUGUGGGAUCCCUGUGGACAAGAAAAGAGCCGCUACACGGGCUAAAGUAUCUGAACUGGGUUAGACUGGGAUAUUAUUCGCCCGUUGCAGAUGUUCCUCAGUUUAKCUCGAUGUAUGCUAGUUUAGCCCGACCCUUAGAUGACUUCAUCCAGUGUUUGUCAGUGAUUUCGAAGGAAUUAUGUUCUCUUAAAUAGUAACAUAAAAUGGAUCAGCCAUUGUUUUAUAUAAAUAUAAGAAAUUGUAAUAAUAAUAAAUUCACAUAAUAAUAGCUGCACCUGCUAAUUCA